UUCCCAAGCCAUGGAUAGCACAUCUGUCUUCUACUGCAUCCUCGCUCUUGUCCCUCUACUUUACCUCAUAAAAUCUCAAACAACUUCCGUUGGCUCCCGUUACGAUGGCCUACGUCUCCCACCGGGGCCCUGGAAGCUCCCUGUAAUCGGCAGCCUCCACCACAUGCUCCGCGCACAACCGCAUCGUGUUCUACGCGAACUGUCGCGGCGCCAUGGCCCUCUAAUGUCCCUUGAGUUCGGCGAGCUUCCUGUCAUUGUUGCCUCCUCCCGUGAGGCGGCCGAGGAGGUCAUGAAGACCAAUGAUGCCUUCCUCGCCUCAAGGCCACAGACCACAACAGUCAAGAUCAUGAGAAAACAAGGCGAUGACUUUUCGCUAGCCCCGUACGACAAUCACUGGCGGCAGCUUCGCAAAAUCACCACGGUUGAGCUUCUAAGUGCAAAGCGUGUUCAGUCUUUCUGGGCCAUCCGGGAGGAGGAGGUGAUGCGACUUGUGCAAGCUAUCUCCUCUGCGACAACUCCGGCUGUGAACCUCAGCGAGCUAGUCACCUCUUAUGGUAACGACGUAGGGGCGCAUACCAUCAUGAGUGAUCGGCUUAGCGACCGGAACGCCUUCAUGCGCUACGUUACAGAGGCCAUCAAGUUGGCGGGAACUUUUCGCCUAGCAGACUUGUACCCGUCGUCGCGGCUGGCAUGUGCUAUGAGCCGCACAAUAUUGAGUAAGAUAGAGGUAUUCAUGGAUGGCUUAUUUAAGUUCAUGGAUGGCAUCAUAAGUGAGCACGGUGAGAGAAGAACACAGGAGGAUUCAGAAGACUUGAUUGAUGUCCUCUUGAGGAUUCAGAAGCAAGGAGGCCUUGAGCCCCCUCUUACAAUGGGCAAUAUCAAAUCAGUUCUUCUUAACCUUCUUGUCGGGAGCACCGAUACCAUGCCUUCGGUCCUACAGUGGGCUAUGGCAGAACUGAUGAGGAACCCGGAAGCAAUGUCUAAGGCACAAUCCGAGGUAAGGAAAGCUUUCAUGGGGCAAAUGAAGGUAACUGAGGAGGGGCUCACCAAACUGAGCUAUUUGCAUUGGGUCAUCAAAGAGACCUUAAGGUUGCAUCCUCCUAGCCCAAUUUUGUUACCAAGGGAGAGCCAAGAAACCUGCCGUGUUUUGGGCUAUGAUGUUCCCAAAGGGACAAUAGUUCUCGUGAAUGCAUGGGCAAUCUCUAGAGACGCAGAGUAUUGGGAUGAACCAGAAGUAUUCAAACCAGAGAGAUUUGAAACUGACAAAAGGGAUUUCAAAGGGCGUGACUUCGAGUUCACACCAUUUGGUGCUGGGCGACGAAUUUGCCCUGGUAUAGUGUUUGGGCUUGCUGCAAUUCAGCUGGCUCUUGCUAACCUUCUAUUUUAUUUUGACUGGAAUCUCUUAGAAGGCGUCAGUGAACUAGACAUGGAAGAAACUAUGGGGAUCACUGCUAAGAUGAAGACAGACAUUUGGUUGAAACCUGUUCAGCGAGUACCUUUUGUUUCAACGAGUGUUGAAUAACAAAGAUAAUGGCCAUUAAGGGCAAUGCGGAGUGCUUGGAACGAAGUCCCUUUGUGUUACCUGUGUAAUAUCGUGAUCUCUUAUGUGCUAAAUGUCAGCUCUUCGAUCAGUGUAAUAACUAUAUUGCUUUGUGAUGCGGUUUCUGGAUAAUUUGUGUACGAAAUC